ACCACCAAAAAAGGGUCAAAACUGAUCUGACUGAGUACCAUCUCCUCCUCCGCCGCGCUGUCCGGCAGCCAUUUUCGUCAGUAUUUUAUGCUUCUUCAACUCGUCUUCUUUGCAUAGUUUAAUUCGCAGCCGUGUCAGUAUCCACUGCCAAGUUUAUUAUAUUGUUACAAUUCCCUUCUCAAUGAUUAAUUCUGCUCAAAACCCUCAAAAAUGGCCGCUUCAGACCCCACCGCCGCCUCAAACCCUACCCCCAUCACCGCGGCGGAACUCCGGGAGGAAUUCUCCCACCAUGACCCCUCCAUUGCCCGCAUAAACAACGGAAGCUUCGGUUGCUGCCCGGCCACCGUAAUCGCCGCCCAGGACCGCCACAAGCUCCUCUUCCUCCGGCAGCCGGAUUCCUACUACACCAACGACCUCAAGCCAUCCAUCCUCCGCACGCGCCGCCUAAUCCAAACCUUAAUCAACGCCGACCACGUCGAUGAAGUCUCGAUCGUCGACAACGCCACCACCGCCGCCGCCGUCGUCCUCCAGCACAUCACCCGCACCUUCUUCUCCUCCGAUCUCCAUUCCGGCGACGCCGCGCUCAUCCUGCACUACGCAUACGGCGCCGUUAAGAAGUCCGUACAGGCGUACAUCUCACGCGCCGGCGGGCACGUGAUCGAGGUCCAUCUUCCUUUCCCCGUUAAAUCCAACUCCGAGAUCAUCCAUGAAUUCCAAAAAGCCCUCCAUUUAGGGAAAUCAAACGGCCGGAAAAUCAGACUGGCAGUCAUCGACCAUAUCACCUCAAUGCCCUGUGUCGUCAUCCCUGUCAAGGAACUGGUGAGAAUGUGCAGGGACGAAGGCGUCGACAAAGUUUUCAUCGACGGCGCCCACGCAAUUGGAAACAUCGAAAUCGAUGUCAACGACAUCGGCGCAGAUUUCUACACCAGCAAUCUACACAAAUGGCUCUUCUGCCCGCCCUCAGCUUCCUUCCUCUACUGUAAAAAGUCGAAUAAACUAUCCAACUUACACCAUCCAGUGGUGUCCCUAGAGUACGGAAAUGGCCUGGCAAUGGAGAGCUCGUGGGUCGGGACUAGGGAUUACAGCGCGCAGCUUGUCCUGCCGGAGGUGAUGGAAUUUGUGGAUAGGUUCGAGGGGGGGAUCAAGGGGAUCAUGAAGAGAAACCAUGAAACAGUUGUGGAGAUGGCACAGAUGUUAGCAGAAGCAUGGGGGACUGAAUUGGGGGCGCCCCCAGAGAUGUGUGGGAGUCUAGCUAUGGUGGGGAUGCCACCUCGUUUGGGCAUUGGGAGUGAUUCGGAUGCAUUGUUGUUGAGGAAGCAUUUGAGGGAGUGUUAUAAAGUUGAGGUGCCAAUUUACUUCCUGGCGCCAUUGGAGGGGCAGCUCGACUGGCGCCGGAGGAUAACCGGGUACGCCAGGAUUUCUCAUCAAGUGUAUAAUGUGGUUGAGGACUACUUUAGAUUUAGAGAUGCUGUUAAGAAGUUAGUGAAAGAUGGAUUUACUUGUGGGCAUCUUUCCAAAUAGGAAGGUACUAUUUCUUUGUGAAUUUUGUUGGUUGUUAAUUGGGGUGAUUUGUGAUGUUAGUUAUGUAUACUUGGUGACACGAGGCUUCGAGUUUUGGUGGUUUGAUGAAGAACAGAGGAUGAGAAGGAGAGGAAAUCAUUGUCAAUGUAUAGUUUCUUCUGAAUAGCUUAAUCUAAUACUCCCUCCCAAUACAAUAGUCUUGUUUACCAUUUUUGUCCGUCUCAAAACAAUUUCUAUAAAUAAUCAUAUCAUCGUAAAACUACCCUUGCUUUUUCAUUUUUAUUAUACAAUUACCACUAUUUUUUACACUA